GAGGAUUUUGAUUAUUAUCAAAAUGUCCCAAAAAAAGUUGGAGCGAGAGAAAUUAUUGAAGAAAAUUGCUGAAAAAAGAGCUGCAUUGGAAAGCCGUGGUGAUAUUAAGAUUAAAAAACUAAAAUAUUGCUUACCAUCUGAUUAUAAUGUACACGCCACUCCAUUUUUUAAACUUCCACCAGAAAUUGUUAAGCCCGCUUUGGCUUCUGCUUAUCCAGAGUAUAGAAAAAAGGUAGCUGAAGCUCAAAGGAAAGCUGCUGAACAAAGAGUAAUGUUACAAUCUUAUACUCAACUUCGACAACGAAGAGAAGAAUUUCGUAAACGUUUGGUAAAUUUAAUUUGUAAAAAAGAAGAUGAAGAUAGAGAUCCAGAUGCAAUACCAAAUGCUGAUGAAAAAGAACUUUUAAGAUAUUAUUAUUAUAUAAGAUAUGGUAUUGAUACGAUUCAUGUAGCCCCAAUGGAUCAAAAAAUUCUAGAUGAAAUUUUAUUAUUGGUACCAAAAAAAUUAAAAGUGUAUAGUGAAACUCUAUCGGUUGCAAUUGAUGAUAUGAAGGAAAGUUUUAUGCUGGCUGUUAAAAAAGCGAUCGUCGAUUAUGUAUUAAAAGAUCCCGCAUUUGUUGAAUCGUUAACAGCGGAAUUUGACUCGGCCGAAAGGCGUGAAUUAACUGAAAUGGCCGUAACGUGGAAAGCGAAUUACGACGUUGUGCGACCUAGGUUAGAAAUGAUUCUGCAUAUAACGAAUCCUUGCAUACACUCGUUAGUGGAUCUUUGGUACGUUAAUUAUCGACAUUUACGAUUCAUCAACACCGCAGAACUAAAAGAAAAUGAAGGAGCUUACGAUUUAAUUGAUUUUACCUUCUUAAUUGCAAGACAAAUUGAUGAUUGUAAACACGUUUUGAAAGACUGUUACCUUAAGAAUGUGAUCGAUAUUUUUUUGGUCGGAAAGAAGAAAGGGAAAUUACCCGAUCCCUCUCGGCAGAAAAAAAUGAAACGAUUUUAUAAUUGCGUUGCAUCUCUAAUGACUUAUCACAUACAAACUUUAGUACUGAAAUCUUUGUAUGAUUACACAAAUUAUAUCACGACAAUUUUGUACGAAAAUAAAGGAUUUGAAAUAAGUUUAGCACAAAAAGGCCCUUUAGUCGCUUUUGACCCUCCGUUCAAAAACUUUAGGACGAAACUUUGUAAAACUUUAGAUGAUAUUGUUGAAGCUGCUAAAACAAUUCCCAGAAUUGAAAGUCAAAUAUAUUUGGACCAUCAGCUUAAAACUUACACAUUACAGCCAGUAAUUCCUGAAGAGAUCGUCGAAAAUUAUCGCCAAAAAAUUAAAGAUUUACUCGAAGAUCAAAGAAUAGGUCCGGAACUUCGUGUUCAAGAUUUCGACGAAUAUAUGCAUCUUGUAAAUGGCGAAGCAAACGAUUUAGUUAAUCAAUUCCUCUCAGAAGAUCAUUCAUUCGAAGAAUAUUGUAAACUAAUUAUUUUUUAUGAGGAAACCCAACAAAAUAUUCCACUUAGUGUUGAGCAUGUUAUUACUAUUGGGAUGUACAAUAUGAUACGCGAUGAUUUUAUUGACAUUUUGGUUCUAUCAGCCGAAAAUUUUAAGGAUAUGUUAAUACAAAGAGUUAUUAAGGAUUAUCAAACAUUAUGCAGAGUAUUGGGAGAAGAGUAUGAAGCUAUUUCAGACAGAGCUUUAACAGUACCAAAAACCACCGAAGAACUCAUGGACGUAAUAGCAUUUGUAAAAGGAGUGCGAGCGGUUACAUUGUCUCAAAUGGAAGAUCGCUUGAGAGUAGUCUUGAAAUACAUGGUUUUUGUAUCUGAUCAUUCCGCUUUUACCCCAGUUGAAAUGAAACAGAAUAAUUUAACUUUUUGGUGGUAUCUUCAUAUGUCGAGAAUGGUAGAUGAACACCAAGAAAUGGUUGACCAAAAAAUAUUGGAGUUUGAAGAACUGCUUGCUAUUCGUAUUGAAAAAUUCAAGAAUGAUCUGAAUAUAUACGAAAGAAUGGUUAAUGAUUUGCAAUAUAACGGAGAUAUUGAGCAGUUACCGAGAUAUUUUAAAAGAGCCACUCAGUUAGAUAACAGAUUAGUAGCUGCAAUGGAAAAAAUAGAUAAAUUCAACGAAGAAGAGACUUGCUUUAAUUUUGAAACAACGCAAUACCCCCAAAGAAAACACAUUUACGAGAAAUUAGUACCAUACAAAAAAUUAUAUGAUAACGCAACUGAUUUUUUAACCAAAUAUGACAUGUGGAUGAAUUCUAAGGUUGGAAGUUUUGUACCCGACGAUAUUGAAACUGACACUCAAACCCUUUAUCGAACGAUUUAUAAAUUGGAGAAAGUGUUUAAUGACAGACCCGACACUGAACGUUUGGCCCACACGGUUUGUGAAAGAAUAGAAGCAUUCAAAGAUCAUAUGCCAAUAAUUCAAACGCUCGGAAAUCCUGGGAUGAAAGAGCGACAUUGGGAGAAAAUAUCAGAAAUCGUCGGAUUUCCCAUCGUCUUAGAUGACGACUUAACCCUUGCUAAAGUAAUCGACUUUGGGUUAGAUGAUUACAUCGAUAAGUUUGAAGGUAUCUCUGAAGCAGCUACGAAAGAAAAUAAUUUAGAGAAGAGUUUGGCGAAAAUGAAAGCCGAUUGGGUUGGCGUCGAAUUCAGCGUUCUUGUUUAUAAGGACACAGGAACAUAUAUUAUAUCAUCUGUCGAUGAGAUCCAAGUUCAAUUGGAUGACCAAGUCAUCAAAACACAAACAAUGAAAAAUUCCCCUUAUAUUAAACCAUUUGAACAAGAAACAUUAGAAUGGGAAGCGAAGUUACAAUUAUUAGAAUGCAUUAUAGAGGAGUGGCUAAAAGUCCAAUCCACUUGGAUGUAUUUAGAACCGAUUUUUUCAUCGCCUGAUAUACAACAACAAAUGCCAGAAGAAGGACGAAGAUUUACAGCGGUCGAUAAGACUUGGAGAGAUAUAAUGGAUGAGGUCCAUGAAAAUCCACUAGUAUUAUCGGUAACCUUAAUUGAUAAAGUCCUCGAGCGUUUGAAGAAGAGCAACACUUUGCUGGAGAUGAUCCAAAAAGGCUUAAACGAUUACUUAGAAAAGAAGAGACUGUACUUCCCAAGAUUCUUUUUCCUCUCCAACGACGAAUUGUUAGAGAUUUUAUCUGAAACGAAAGAUCCAACAAGAGUGCAACCUCACUUGAAGAAAUGCUUCGAAGGCAUGGCCAGGUUAACAUUUACAGAAGAAUUAGAUGUUACUCAUAUGAGAUCUAGUGAAGGUGAAUACGUCCCGUUAGUUGACGUGAUCCAGACUAGCGCGGCAAAAGGACAAGUUGAAAAAUGGCUUUUAGAACUUGAAAAAGAUAUGAAAAAAUCUGUUUACCACGCCGUAGCUGGUGCUAUAGAAGAUUAUCCGUCUAAAUCAAGAGACGUGUGGGUGUUACUUUGGCCUGGUCAAGUAGUUCAAUCGAUAGCUAUGAAUUAUUGGACUAUAGAAGUCCACGAAGCAAUACUUGUAUCAUUAGAAGAGAUGUCCAAUUAUCUGAAACAUUGUAACAUGCAAAUUAUGAAAAUAGUCGAUUUGGUUAGAGGAAAGCUCCAACUACAAAAUCGUAUUACAUUAGGAGCAUUGGUCGUGCUUGAUGUUCACGCUAGGGAUGUGCUAACAGAAAUUAUAGGCCUUAAAGUGGUGAGUGUUAGCGAUUUUAACUGGUUGUGUCAAUUAAGGUAUUACUGGGAAGAUAAACAACUCCUCACCAAAAUGAUUAAUUCAACUUUACCGUAUGGAUAUGAAUACUUAGGAAAUGUGGCAAGAUUAGUUGUUACUCCAUUAACCGAUCGUUGUUAUCGAACGUUAUUUGGUGCUUUACAUCUUCAUUUGGGGGGUGCCCCCGAAGGUCCCGCUGGAACUGGAAAGACAGAAACAACCAAAGAUUUAGCUAAAGCAGUUGCCAAACAAUGCGUUGUCUUUAAUUGUUCGGAUGGUUUAGAUUAUCUUGCUUUAGGAAAAUUCUUCAAGGGUUUAGCUUCUUGUGGAGCUUGGUCAUGUUUUGAUGAAUUUAACAGGAUUGAUUUGGAAGUUUUAUCAGUGGUGGCCCAACAAAUUCUAACGAUUCAAAGAGCGAUUAAUGCUGGUGCUCAAAGAUUGUUAUUUGAAGGUACAGAUAUUAGUUUAGACCCCACUUGCGCCGUCUUCAUCACAAUGAAUCCCGGAUAUGCAGGACGAUCAGAAUUACCAGAUAAUCUUAAAGCGUUAUUCAGAUCUGUAGCUAUGAUGGUUCCUGAUUACGCUUUAAUAUCAGAAAUUGAAUUAUACGCAUGCGGAUUCCUUGAAGCUAAACCAAUGGCGGUUAAGAUCGUUGCAACUUAUAGAUUGUGCUCAGAACAACUUUCCUCGCAAUGUCAUUAUGAUUACGGAAUGAGAGCAGUUAAAUCGGUGUUAAGAGCUGCUGGGGCGUUAAAAUUGAGAUACCCAAAAGAAAAGGAAGGAAUUUUGAUUCUACGAUCCAUUACUGAUGUGAAUUUAGCUAAAUUUUUAGAUCACGAUGUACCACUUUUUAUAGGGAUAACUUCGGAUUUAUUCCCUGGCGUUCGUCUACCAGAACCUGAUUAUGUUACUUUAGAUUUAGCUGUAGCAGCGACUUGCAAAACUAAUAAUUACCAAAAUACUCCUUUCUUCGUCGAAAAAAUCCAUCAAUUAUAUGAAAUGAUUAUCGUGAGACAUGGUUUGAUGAUAGUUGGUUAUCCAUUUGGUGGCAAAACAUCUUCUUAUAGGGUGUUAGCGGAUGCAUUGGGUUUAGUUGAAGAAUGGGGUGGUAUGAAUGAACAUCGAGCAAUCUAUACAAUUAUUAACCCAAAAUCAAUAACAAUGGGUCAACUUUAUGGUCAAUUCGAUCCCGUUUCUCAUGAGUGGUCCGACGGUGUUCUCGCUGUAAGUUAUCGUGAUUUUGCGAUGUCCACAACGGAAGAUAGAAAGUGGUUGUUAUUUGAUGGGCCCGUUGAUGCAGUAUGGAUAGAGAAUAUGAAUACUGUACUGGAUGAUAAUAAAAAGUUGUGUUUGAUGUCAGGUGAAAUUAUUCAAUUGGCCCCAACGACUAAUUUAAUAUUUGAGCCAAUGGAUUUGGAGGUGGCCUCACCAGCAACCGUUUCAAGAUGUGGAAUGAUUUAUAUGGAACCAGCUACUUUGGGAUGGGAGCCUUUAUUAAUAUCUUGGAUCAAUACUUUACCAGAGAGUAUCACCGAGUUUCAGAGAGCUAUGAUAAAGACUUUAUUUAUAAGAUUCUGUACCCCUCUUCUAUGGCUGUUGAGAAGAGGGGGAGUUAAAGAAAUUGCCCCGACUUCAAAUUCGAAUCUAAUGCGAUCUGCGAUGAAUUUGUAUGAUUGUUUUCUUGAUGAUUUUUACGAUGAUCAAUUUAUCGAAAACACAUCCGAGUUGGAUGUACGGGCUCAAUUGGAGGGUUCUUUCUUUUUUUCUUGCAUUUGGUCCUUGGGUGCAACUUUAGACAUUGAUAGCAGACCCAAAUUUAAUAUAUUGUUUAGGGGGUUACUUGAAAGAGAAUUUCCUGCGAAGGUUAUUGAAACCUUAGGGAUUCCUCUUACAAUUCCUAAACCGGAGAAACCAUACAUUUUUACAUUACCCAUCGGGGAAACAGUUUUUGAUUACAGGUAUAUCAAAGAAGGUAAAGGAAAAUGGAAGCUAUGGGCUGAUGAAUUAGCACUCGCACCACCAAUUCCGAAAGAUCUCCCUGUUAAUCAAAUAAUUGUCCCAACUAUAGAAACUAUAAGAAAUAUAGCCGUAAUGCAAUUAUUAGUGCAACAUCAAAAGGCUGUUAUGAUUGUUGGGCCGACUGGUACGGGAAAAUCUGUAUAUGUGAUUGAUUUUCUUCUUAAAAAGAAUAAUACCUUCAUUUAUAAGCCGUUAUUUAUCAAUUUCUCAGCACAAACUUCUGCCAAUCAAACCCAAGAUAUUAUUAUGAGUAAACUAGAUAAAAGGCGAAAAGGAAUCUUCGGCCCACCAGUUGGUAAAAGAAGCGUAAUAUUUGUCGAUGAUGUAAGCAUGCCUUUAAAAGAAACGUACGGGGCACAGCCACCCAUCGAAUUAUUACGUCAGUGGUUCGAUCACCAGAUGUGGUAUAAUUUAAAAGAAAUAGUUCCCAUGAAAUUAAUCGAUAUUCAAUUUAUGUGUGCGAUGGGUCCACCAGGAGCUGGAAGAAAUGAUGUCACUCCAAGAUUUGCUCGCCAUUUUAACCAUUUGUGUAUAGACGAAUUUCAAGACCACGUUAUGAAACAUAUUUUUUCGAAAAUCAUGUCAUGGCAUUUGACUAGUAGGGGAUUUUCAGAUGAUUUUGAAGUUUGUAUCGAUAUGAUUGUGUUGGCCACUCUUGACGUUUACAAAUUAAGCCGAGCCAAUUUGUUACCCACACCAGCAAAAUCCCAUUAUCUAUUCAAUUUAAGAGAUUUCUCUAGGGUUAUACAAGGAGUGUUAUUAUCGAUACCAGAAACCCUAGAGAAUGUGGUGGCUAUGAAGAGAUUAUGGGUACAUGAGGUUUUAAGGGUUUACAGUGAUCGAUUGGUGGAUGAUGAAGAUAGAAAUUGGCUGGUUGAGACAUUAAGAGAAGUUGUUGAGAGAGAAUUUGAAGAAAAUUUUAAUGCUAUGUUUCAACGAAUUGCCACACCUGGACGUAAAACUAUUGGAGAAACAGAACUUAGAAAUUUAUUAUAUUGUGAUUUUGCGAAUGUUAAAGCCGAUUCGAGACAUUACAUGGAAGUCACCAACUUGGACCAAUUAACAGCGAUAGUGGAGGGUUAUUUGAGAGAAUUUAACAACAUGUCAAAGAAACCAAUGAAUCUUGUACUGUUUCGUUUUGCUGUGGAGCAUUUAUCGAAAAUCUGCAGAAUAGUAAAACAACCGCGAUGUCACGCUCUUUUAGUUGGUGUUGGAGGAUCCGGACGACAAUCACUCUCAAGAUUAUCAGCUCAUAUUUCUGAAUACGAAUUAUUCCAGGUAGAAAUUACCAGAACAUAUGGGAUGUACGAAUGGCAUGAAGAUGUGAAAGUGAUCUUAAAAAAAGCAUGUUCAUCAGAUCAACACGGAAUGUUCUUGUUUACUGAUAGCCAAAUCAAAGAAGAAUCGUUUUUGGAGGAUCUAAGUAAUUUAUUAAAUUCUGGUGAAGUACCAAAUAUUUUCAGUGCUGAGGAGAAGGUUGAAUUAUGCGAGAAAAUGCGUCAGAUUGAUCGCCAAAGAGAUAAAUCUUUACAAACCGAUGGAAGUCCUGUGGCGUUAUUUAAUUUAUUUGUACAAAUUGUUAGGGACCAACUUCACCUUGUGCUUGCGAUGAGCCCAAUUGGUGAUGGAUUCAGAAACAGGAUUAGAAAAUUCCCGGCUAUGGUAAAUUGUUGCACCAUAGAUUGGUUUCAAUCUUGGCCUGAAGACGCUUUAUUAGCGGUAGCAACCAGGUUUUUGGGCGAAAUAGAAUUACCAACGGAAGAACGAACAGUUUGCAUUGAUAUGUGCCAAAUAAUCCAUACAUCAACUCAAAGAUUAUCAGAUGAGUUCUUUAAUAGAUUGGGUAGAAAAAAUUAUGUAACCCCCACUUCUUAUUUAGAACUAAUUAACACUUUCAAAACGUUUUUAACCAAAAAAAGAAAGGAAGUUUUAACAGGCAAAAAACGAUAUGAAGUUGGAAUACAAAAAUUAUUAGGAGCUGGGGCUGAAGUUGCUGUGAUGCAAGCAAGUUUAGAAGCUUUACAACCCGAAUUAGUAAUAGCAGCAGCUAAAGUCCAAGCAACCAUGAAAAAUGUUGAGGCUGAAUCCGCGGAUGCAGCGGUAGUUGAAGCUAUGGUUAUGGAAGAUGAAGCUGCAGCAAAUGUCCAGGCUGAAGCUGCUCAAGCAAUUAAAAAUGAAUGUGACGCAGACUUGGCUGAGGCAAUGCCGAUAUUAAACGCAGCUUUAUCAGCUUUAAAUACAUUAACCCCGGCUGAUAUUACAAUAGUAAAAACAAUGAAAAAUCCACCUCAAGGAGUAAAAUUGGUGAUGGAAGCUAUUUGUGUCGUAAAAGAUAUUAAGCCGGAUAAGGUUCCUGCUCCAAGUGGUAUCGGAACGGUUGAGGAUUAUUGGGGGCCAUCAAAGAAAGUACUUGGGGACAUUAAAUUCCUUGAUAAUCUAAUCAAUUUUGAUAAAGACAAUAUCCCCGUGGCCGUAAUGAAAAAAUUAGCAGACAAAAUUUUAUGCGACGAAAAUUUCGAUCCGGACAAAGUAAGAUCGGCUUCGGCCGCUGCAGAAGGUUUGUGCAAAUGGGUUAUUGCCAUUUCGAAAUAUGAUAAAGUAGCUAAAGUCGUGGCGCCUAAAAAAUUGGCUCUAGCAGCGGCUGAAGCUGAUUAUAAUAAAGCUAUGGUAGCUUUAGAAGCGAAAAGAGCUUUGUUACGAGAGGCAAGGGAAAAGGUGGCAGCGUUAGAAGCCGUUCUAGAUAGUGAAAAUGCAAAAUUUCAGCAAUUGAAUGCAGAAGCUGAACUUUGCGCUACAAAACUGCAAAGAGCCGAAGAACUUAUUGGCGGAUUAGGAGGUGAAAAACAAAGAUGGUCUUCCACCGCUAAAGCUUUAACUGAAAAAUAUUCAAUUUUAACAGGAGAUGUGCUACUUAGUUCUGGUGUUGUCGCUUAUUUAGGUGCUUUUACCUUGCAAUAUAGGCAGGUUCAGAUCGACGAAUGGGUCAAAGCACUUACAGCGUAUAAAAUUGUUUGCGCCGCCGAUUUUCAAUUAACCGCCAUUCUUGGCGAACCGGUUGUAAUAAGACAAUGGAAUAUUUUUGGUUUACCCAGUGACAACUUUAGCAUUGAUAAUGGAAUUAUAAUAACAAACGCUAGAAGAUAUCCAUUAAUGAUCGAUCCGCAAGGUCAAGCAAAUAAAUGGGUAAAAAACAUGGAAAAACAAAAUAAUUUAGCUAUGAUUCGUUUAAAUCAGUCGGAUUAUGUGAGAGUUUUAGAGAAUGCGAUUCAAUUUGGGCAACCCGUUUUAUUAGAAAAUAUUGGCGAAGAAUUAGAUGCAAUUUUAGAACCUGUAUUAGCCCAACAAGUUUUUAAACAAGGUGGUGCAAUGUGUUUAAAACUUGGGGAUUCAGUGGUUGAAUAUAACAACGCCUUUAAAUUAUAUAUCACAACAAAGUUAAGAAAUCCCCAUUAUUUACCGGAAGUAGCAGUAAAGGUAACAUUGGUGAAUUUUAUGAUAACCACUGUUGGGUUGGAAGAUCAACUUUUGGGGAUAGCUGUUGCCAAGGAACGUCCCGAUUUAGAAGCUGAAAAAAAUCAACUUAUUUUACAAGGUGCAGAAAAUAAAAGGAUGUUGAAAGAAAUCGAAGAUAAGAUUUUGUGGGUUUUAAGUUCAUCCGAAGGAAAUAUUUUAGAAGAUGAAACUGGAAUUCAAAUUUUAAGCUCAUCGAAAGUUUUAUCGAACGAAAUCGCCGCCAAACAAGCCGUGGCGGAAGUAACUGAAAAAUCCAUCGAUAAAGCUAGAAUGGAAUAUCGACCCAUAGCGGUACACGCAGCAGUUUUAUUUUUCACCAUCGUAGAUUUGGCUAAUAUCGACCCCAUGUAUCAAUACUCCUUAGGCUGGUAUAUGAAUCUCUUCAAAGGAGCGAUAGAUAAUACCGAAAGGGUCGAUGACGUACAAGUACGAUUAAAAGAUUUACAAACCUAUUUUACUUAUUCUUUGUACGUCAAUAUUUGUCGAAGUUUAUUUGAAAAAGAUAAAUUAUUAUUUUCGUUAUUGCUGGCGGUAAAUUUAAUGAAAAGUAGAGGACAACUAAAUACUGCUGAAUGGAUGUUCUUUCUAACUGGUGGUGUUGGAUUAGAUAACCCCUAUCAAAAUCCUUCUGAUUGGUUGGUUCAAAAAUCAUGGGACGAGUUGUGUCGAGCUGAUGAUUUUCCAGCUUUAAAAGGAAUUCGACAACAUUUUACCGCAAAUUUGAACGCUUGGAGAGCUGUUUUUGAUUCACCAGAACCACAUCACGCCACACUUCCUGGUAAUUACUCUAAAAUCAGCGAUCUUGAAAAGUUGCUUUUAUUAAGAGUAAUACGUCCAGAUAAAGUGGUUCCUGGGGUACAAGAUUUCGUAGAAAAGCAUAUGGGAAAACCAUAUAUUGAGCCUCCCCCAUUUGAUUUACCAUCAUCUUACGCCGAUUCCUAUUGUACUGUUCCUUUAAUUUUUGUUUUAACACCUGGGGCGGAUCCUACUGCAGUUUUAUUAAAAUUUGCCGACGAUCAAGGAUUCGGAUCUUCAAGAUUAUUUUCGUUGUCAUUAGGACAAGGUCAAGGACCGAUUGCCGUCAGAUUAAUUGAUGAAGGUGUUAAGAACGGAACUUGGGUGGUUUUACAAAAUUGUCACCUCGCGAAAAGCUUUAUGCCUAUGCUAGAAAAAAUAUGUGAAAAUUUUACCAUGGAAACAACUCACCCCGAUUUCCGAUUAUGGUUAACUUCUUACCCAGCUGAACACUUUCCGGUAUUAGUACUUCAAAACGGCGUAAAAAUGACGAACGAACCCCCUAAAGGUCUACGAGCGAAUAUAGUGAGAUCGUAUUUAAGCGAUCCAAUUUCAAACAUGGAAUGGUUUAAUGCUUGCAAACAAGAUUUAAUUUUCAAGAAGUUACUUUACGGCCUUUGCUUUUUCCACGCUUCGAUACAAGAACGUCGCAAAUUUGGACCGCUGGGAUGGAAUAUUCAAUAUGAAUUCAACGAAACCGAUUUGCGAAUAAGCGUCAUGCAACUGCAGAUGUUUUUAGAUGAAUACGAUGACGUCCAGUAUGAUGCUAUUAGAUAUUUAACCGGUGAAUGUAAUUAUGGUGGGCGAGUAACCGAUGAUUGGGAUAGAAGGUGUUUACGAACCAUUUUAAAUCAAUUUUAUUGCAAGGGGUUAGUUGAAAAGGAGCAUUAUUCAUUUGACCCUACAGGUGUGUAUUAUUGCCCGGCUUCAACGGAAUACGAGACUUAUAUAAAUUACACGAAAUCUCUACCGAUAAUUACUCCUCCCGGAGUAUUUGGGAUGAACGAAAAUGCUGAUAUAAUGAAAGAACAGCAAGAAACAAACUUAUUAUUUUCGACUGUUCUUGUUACACAGGAUGCUGCUAGCGGUGGUGGUGAAGGAAAAUCUUCUGAUGAUACAGUAAAUGAUAUAGCAGCGGAUAUUCUCAAUAAACUUCCCAAAAAUUUCGACAUUGUUGAUGUAAUGGAAAAAUAUCCCACCUCUUACAAUCAAAGUAUGAACACUGUUUUGGUGCAAGAAAUGGGAAGAUACAAUAAACUCCUCAGUGUGAUACGAAGCAGCUUAAUGAACAUUAGGAAGGCGAUAAAAGGUGUGAUUGUAAUGAAUUCUUCGUUAGAAGAAGUCUUAACAAGUAUGUUAACGGGUCGAAUUCCAAAAAUGUGGGCUGGUGCUUCUUACCCUUCAUUGAAACCACUGGGAAGUUAUAUAAAUGAUUUCCUUCAAAGAUUAUCAUUUCUACAAUUAUGGUUUGAGAAUGGAGCCCCAGUAACGUUUUGGUUAUCGGGAUUUUAUUUCACUCAAGCUUUCUUAACCGGUGCCCAACAAAACUAUGCAAGAAAAUAUAAAAUACCUAUUGAUUUAUUAUCGUUUGAUUACGAAAUGUUGAAAGCAACUACUUUUAGUAAAGCUCCCGAUGACGGAGUUUACGUUUAUGGUUUAUUCGUGGACGGCGCUAGAUGGAACAUGAAAUCUAUGAGUUUAGAUGAGUCACUUCCAAAAGUUCUCUUUAGUACUAUACCUUAUAUCUGGUUAAAACCAAUAAAACGUAGUGAUUUGAUUCAACGACACACUUAUAUUUGCCCUCUUUAUAAAACUAGUGAACGAAAAGGAGUUUUAUCUACCACAGGUCACUCAACUAAUUUUGUUAUUGCGAUGACGAUACCUACAAUAAAGGACCCUGAACAUUGGAUUUUAAGAGGAGUGGCGAUGUUAUGCGCUUUAUCACAAUAAUUAAUGUUUUAUGGGUUUUUUGCCUACAUGUUUUUAGGUGCUUUAUGUAUACCUAUCUUAAUUUACAAUAAAAGCUUUUCUAAUUAUAAUA